AUGCAUCAAUCCGAAAAGGGACAAAUGAGGCAGAGCAAACAAUGUGUUGAGAGAAUGUCAAAAGCGCCCUGUUGGUUCAGGCCGGACCUAGUGCUUCGCUCCCCUCUCACUUUUGCUUCAUCUUCAACAUGCCGAGUUGAGUAUCAUGAAUCGAGUAUCAUGGCCUCUGAAUCGUCAAAGCCGCCGACCGCCGCGAAGAGACGGGCGAGGCUCCAGAAAUCGUGCACCGAGUGUCAAAGGCGGAAGCAGAAGUGCAUAAUACGACAGUCCGAGACGCAGUGCGUCAACUGCUCGAGGCGUUUCCCUCCCGUGGAGUGUACCAUUGUCCAACUUGGGCCAUGUCUCCCGAAACCCGUGUACGAGACACAGGUCCUCACCUUUGACCUAUCCUCGCUUCCCUCGAAAUCAGGGAAGCAGGCAGAGGUAACCUCACACGGUCCAUGUGCCACUUCGUUACCCGGUAUCGCGUCUCUGGGCUUACCGGGUCGACUUCCCGUUCGAAAUCGCCACGGGGGAGACUGCUGUGAGGGCCAUCGAGAAGAGGAGAGGGCCGUAUUGGAGAGCAAGACUCGCGCCAACCUCUUUCUCGAUGGAGAUGGGGACCCCCAGGCCUUCUUUCACAAUGGCAUAGCAUCCAUCGGUGGCAUCCUCACGGAAGUUACGACCCUUCACGGCAUGCCACUCCCGGAAGGUCCCAGAACGACGGAGCUUUUACAUUUCUACGUCCAAUUCGUCGCACCUAACAUGGUAUCGAUUGACGGUCAGAGCCAGCCGCCCGUGUUCCUCAAAGAGGUCCUGCCGUGGAUGCUGCAAUCCCCUCUGUUUCCCAAUAUCGGCAUCCUCAUGUCCUCGAUGACCCAGUCGCUUGCGCGAGGGACGGAAGUGGCAAAGAGCCCCGAGUCGCUCGCCCUAAAGUCCUGGGUGCUGUCAAUGAUAGCGGACUACAUGCGGCGACCGUUCGACGCUAUCGCGGUUGAGAUGGUCCGGUGCAUUGUGAAUCUGGUCGUCAUGGAGCUGAUUUUCCUCUCAAAGUGGUUUUGGGGAGCCGACGAGAGCAUGUUUGCUCACAUGAGAGGCAUCAAGCGCAUGAUUAAACUCCGUAAAGGCAUGCGAGGGCUGAGAGAUGUAGUAGGCGAAUCGAUCAUAAUUCUGACUGAUUAUGAGAUUGCGUGUGCCUUUGAGACGGAUCUCUACUGGUUGGAAAAUGAUCCAGCCCGUGACGAGGAGAUACCCGUCCCGACAACAUGGCCAGACUGUUAUGACAGCCCCUUACUGGCGCCCGCACCGCGAUUCGAGAGUAUCGCAGAGAAGCUCGGCAUCUGCAGCGCGACGGCCAAUAUUCUAGACGACGUGCGGUUCCUCACAGAUUCCGUCACAUCGGCAUCGGCGAUGGCGUCGGCGUCGAGGAAAUCAAAGAUUCGAUCAACCGCAUCGUGGCUAUACGGAAAGCUGCGGGAACAAGGCACAGCAACGGCAGCAACGAGACCCACACAAGUCGCCUCCUCCCCCUCCACCGAAAAGGAACGGAUCCUCGAGACUGUCAGGAUCGCCGCCGUGAUUUACAGCUGGUCCAUCAAGUCUCUGCACCAGAUUUCGCGGUUCGACGACGCUGAUAUGCUCCAGGCAGCGUACGCCAGCCUGACGAGCGUGAGCAUGACGACGUGGAAGGGGAUCCCGGGGAUCUUCCUCUGGGUGAUGCUGGUGGCGGCCCCGAACGCUGCGGCGGAUGCCAAGGGCAGAUUCGUGAGGAGGAAGAUGGCCGUGACGGGGCUAUCGAUCGGGUUCGAGGACUUUGCGCUGGGAAUAUCGUACCUCAAGGCGUUCUGGGGCGUGCAGCGGUGGAUCGCCAGGGAAGGGGGCGGCGAGGGCGAUGGCGAUAGCGGCGCCGGGGUGCAGAGGCUGGAGGAUAAGUGGUCUUUUGGGUCAUGGCCGGAGGUGUCGGCAUAG